AUAUGGAGUGAGAGAGAUACAAUUAUAAUGCAUGAAUGAUUCUAUCUAUACUCUCUCUCUCUCUCUCUCACACACAUAUGUUCACAUACAUCUAUGGAUGCGUAAGGCAUGUGUGUCAAUGUGUGUGCACACGUGUACUUGUUUAUGUCUUGCAACUGCAGAUGUGAUUGUUUAUUGUCCUUUCAGCAUGUACUAUUUGGCACCCAAAUCAUUACAUUGAAUUUUAGCAUCUUUAUUAGGAAAUCAUUAAGUUCUCAAUAUACUGUUUGGUAAAAGAACUUUUAUCAUCCUUUUCCUAAUAUCCAGUAUAUGAACUAACUUUUCAGGGAGUUGUGGCUCGGCUUCUAGUCCAAAAUACUUUAAAGUUCUUGUUGGGAUUUGGACAUGUUUCUCCCUACUUGGGAUACAAUUCUCUUAAAGAUUUCUUCCCAACAAUGGCAAUGAAGCCAAAUCCCCAAUGUUCAAAUGCUGCCUGUCUGAAGCAGCAGAAAGAAUAUAUUCUUGCAAAUCCAUCUAGGGUUGCUGCGACUAAAGCCAAGAUAGAGGCUGAAGCCUCAGCUGCAGCAGCAGCAGGUGUGCCACUUCAUGUUGAUAAUGAAUGGAACAUAAGUGUUGUCGAUGAUAAUGAGAAGGAGAAGAGUACAAGUGGCUCAAGCUCAUGUAUAUUUCUUUUCUAUGCUCUCUGUUUUGAACAUUCUUCAAGUUUUCCAUUUGCCUGUUUUCCUUUUGUAUAUGAUUGUAUCAUCUUCUUACAAAGUUCUGAAUAUGCGAAUAGAGGCCUCACUCGUGAGCUCCCGAGUGCCAAUGAAUUUCAAAAGCCCCAGCCAUCUGGAGCCACAGCUACCACUAUCGACGACCUUGAAGAUCUCAGGAGGCAACUUGAUGCUCUGGAUGCCAAUUAA